CAAAUUAAGCCGUCAAAAACCCUACAAAAACCACAUUCCUCACGGAAAAGCUUUGAAGCAGAAACGAAGAUGUGUGGAAUUGCAUUGACCGUCUCAGGCAUUCGAAUUAACAUCUCCUCUCUCCCAUUCGACUCAACUUCCCUAAAUCGCCAAUCCGAAAAUUUGUUGAUUUCUUUAGAUGACCUGAAAGAAGCUCUGCGGAGAAGAGGUCCUGAUAGCUUGGGUGUGAAGAAAGUUACUCUGCAACACAAUGAAAAACAAAUCUCAUCCUUUAUAGAACACGACGAAACGUUAUUGUGUUCGGCAAAUGAAGAUAGCAACGGAGAACUUCAUUUCAUCGGUGCAACUUUGCAGCUUAGGGGAACCGUUCCGCUUGUUCAGCCUUUAGUGGAUGCUUCUCGAAACAUUCUCGUCUAUAAUGGUGAGAUUUUCGGAGGACUUCAACUUGCUAGUGAUUGCAAUGAUGCCGAAUUUCUUAUGCAGACUCUUGGGAAUUGUUGCUCCUGUGGUUCUUGUUUGACCGGUAACUGUGUUAAAUGCGGGAAAGGUUCUAUAACAGAUGUUCUUUCUACAAUUAAAGGACCAUGGGCUAUCAUCUAUUGGCAGGAUAGUUCAAGGACCCUUUGGUUUGGCCGAGAUGCAUUUGGUAGGCGGAGCCUUCUUGUUCACUGGCCUACAGAAGAUGAUUCAACUUUUCUUCUUUCUUCUGUAUCGCCAGUUGCUCCAGAUCAGCAGGCCACUGAAAACGAAGCUCAUAAUGGAAUUGAAAAUCGUAGUUACUGGGAAGAGCUACCAUGUGGAGUAUAUAGUAUGCACGUGGAUGCUUCGAAUUCAAACGGAUUUCUGGUUGGCGAAGUUCAGAUACAUGAAUAUACAAACUCAACAUUGAAGGAACUUAUCAAGUGGGAGAGAAUUUCCGUUGUACCAAGCUCGGAAAACUUGCAGACAUUCUGCCCUAAGUUUUCUAGGGGGCAACAAGAUGUACAUUCAGCUUCUUUAGAGACAGUUCCAUGCGAAGCAGGCUCAACUCAAAAUUCAAUUCCAAUGCGAGCUCAUAUGUUGCUAAAUGUUUUAAAGGAAUCUGUGAUACGACGUACGUCAUUGUAUACUAUCUAUCAGGCAGUGAUAUCUGGUAUCAAACAAGAGAAAUUUGUUCCUGUUGCAAUUCUUUUCUCUGGUGGGCUGGAUUCUAUGAUACUUGCAGCAUUACUGGAUCAAUGCCUGGAUCCCACUUAUGAAAUUGAUCUACUUACUGUAAGCUUUGAUGGCGAGUUAGCUCCUGAUAGAAAAUCUGCCAAGACAGGGUUGAAAGAACUAAAACGAGUUGCACCGUCAAGACGGUGGAGACUCGUGGAGAUUGAUGCUGACUUGUCAGAUUUGGUGUCUGAAACUAGUCAUGUUAUGUCGCUUAUAAAUCCUGCCAACACCUACAUGGACCUUAACAUUGGAAUAGCUUUAUGGCUCGCUUCUUGUGGUGAUGGAUGGGUGUCUGCAGAUGAUAAUGAUGACACUCAUGCACGGAUUAAGUACAAGUCCAAUGCAAGGAUUCUCCUUGUUGGUUCUGGUGCUGAUGAACAGUGUGCUGGUUAUGGGAGACAUAGAACAAGUUUUAGACGUGGAAGUUGGCUGGGGCUAGAUGAGGAAAUGAAACUCGACAUGCAAAGAAUUUGGAAGAGAAAUUUAGGGAGAGAUGAUAGAUGUAUUGCUGAUAACGGGAAGGAGGCUAGAUUUCCAUUCUUGGAUGAGGAUGUUAUAAGGGUUUUACUCAACAUUCCAUUGUGGGAGGUUGCAAACCUUGACCAACCUAGUGGCAUCGGUGAUAAAAAGAUUUUAAGAGAGGUUGCACAAUUGCUUGGUUUAUAUGAAGCAGCGGUUCUUCCCAAACGGGCAAUCCAGUUUGGUUCUAGAAUUGCGAGGGAAUCAAAUCGGAAGAAUUUUGGAAGUAAUCGAGCAGCAAAUCAGGCGUCUGCAGGCAGUGUAAGGAUUUGUCGGAAAUCAAAUUUUGGUUGAUUCUUUUUUCUCUGGGCAUGUCGGACUCAUCUUUUUGGCAUGAAAAUGAAUGUGACUAUAUCUAAAAAAAAUUAUAUAUGAAUUGGAUUGGAACUACUUUAUAUAUAUUAUGCCUGGUGCUACUAUACUGCUUUUGACCGAA